AUGGCUUACUUACCUACCGAACAUAUCGUGUUGGCAAAUUACAGCUCAAGCAUUACUCAGAGCUAUCGUCCGAAAUUAAUCGAAUUUCAUGGAUAUGAAGGUGAAGACUUCAGACACUUUCAGGAAUUAUUGGAAUCUUACUUUGCAUUUGCAAACUUAAAUAAUGAUGCAAGAAAGUUAACAAUUCUCAAGUCACAAUUACGACGCGCAGCAAAAGUCUACUUUGAAAAUGAACUUAUCAAAAAGAAACCUGAUAUAACAUAUGAUGAAGCAAUGGAAGAAUUAAAGAAGCAUUAUAUUACUCCUGAAUUAAUUCAGAGUUACGAGCUAGAAUUUAACGAAAUGUAUCAAGGAGAACAAGAACAUCCGCGUAUAUUUUUAGCAAGAUUAAGAGAAGCAGCAGAUUUGGCUAAUAUUACAAGCAAUGCAGUCAUAGAAAGUCGCUUCAGAGCUGGAUUGCUUAGAGAAAUAAAACAAUUCUGUAUCUAA